GACGUCACAGGCUGCCACCUCACAGCUGAUGUAAACAGUGUCCACACCCAACCACUUGUUAUAUUAGAACUGUCCAUUAUGGCUAAUGAGGAUGAGGUGACCUUAUUGUUUGAACGACACUCGGUGGCUCAAGUGCAAGAAAUUUUAAGAAAAACUCGUAAUGAUAUCGAGUGUAAAAAGGAGGAUCUCCGAGUUAUGGUGGGGGAGCGAUACAGGGAUCUGAUAGAAGCGGCUGAUACUAUUGCUGAAAUGCGAGAGAGUGCUGAAGCCAUCUGUAAUAACAUCAAGACCAUGGAGGGACUGUGUGAAAGUCUUCAGCAGCGAGGUCUUAUUGGCUUCAAGACUCAGAGCCAACACAACCUUGGUAUAGAUCGAUCUCCAACAUCAGGAGCUCAUUACUCUGUGGCAGUACAAGUGAAGCUGCUGGUGGGGGUGCCAGAAGCCUUGUGGGGGCUGACAGAACACUGCCAGUUCUUGCCUGCCACUCAGCUGUUGCUCUUGGCUCACCACACCCACACGUCACUACAGUUGUCCCCUAGUCCUGUAAAGGUGGCUUCUUGGUUUCCAGUUAUUGAGCGUCAGUGGGCCAGUAUAACUCAGUUCCGUAACACAAUAGUCCGAGGCUGUUCUUCUCUUAUUAGCUAUGAGACGGAAAAUGUUCAGGCUGUGUUAGAUGCCGUUGUGUCUGUGAUGCUUGUGGAGGGUUGUAGCUCUGCCGACGCCCUCAGCCGUGUCCUUCACCUGCGUCACUCAGCCCUCAUGGCUGUGUUAGCCCCCAGACCAUCAGCUACAGCCAAGGCUCAGAUCUCCCAGUUUACAACUUUGUUUCUAGCGACCUUGAACAUCAUACAUGCUGUGUUUGUUGGUAUGUGCUCAGAAGGAGAUGAUGGGAAGAGCCUACUUGAGAAAAGGCUGCAGGAGGUGGUGCAGGGGGAGGGUGAAGAAGACUCACCCAUCUCCCUCCUCCAGGAGACAUCACUUACUCUCUCAUUCCUGCCACAAUCUAUCAGACACUUUAGACCUACAGUCCAAGGCAGCACAAAGCCUCUUGGGAAUGAGUUUGUUAGAGAGCAGGUCAUAAAUUGGUUGGGCUCAGUGCUGGACGAAGCUUCAAAAACAUUAACAACGCUUCUUUCUUUCACCACCAGCGUUAAGGCAUUGGCCAUGAUCAGGCUCAGUGUGUGGGAGAUCUGCCAGGCCAAGCUAGAGAGGGAACAGUGGAAUAAGAUCACAAAUGUUCUGUGUGGUGGUUACUUUGACCCUUGGGACUCAGUUGUGCGAGGCCAAGUGAGUGAGAGGGCACGGCAGGUGGUCACAUCCCAGUUGACUGCUGCCAAGGAGGCUGUCCUACAGCUGGUGUCUCGGCUCACAACAGACAUUGCUGCUGACCCUAAAAUAUGCUCAGAGGAAGGUGACAUAACUAAUUUUGUGUGGAGUGAGUCAGCUGGGGAUUUGCCUGAAAGAGUUGGAUGGACAUCAGCCGCAUCAAGAUCUGUGUCCCAGUCAGGAGGUUUGUACUAUAAAACACGUGGAUACACCACUCGACUACAAACUAUAUGUCGAGCACUCAACUCUAGGCUGAUGGCUUUACUUCAGGAUGUUGGGCACUUCAAUUGUGAAUCAGAGAAGGUUGACUAUCUUAGUGGUAAUGACAAACACAGUCCAACAGAUGAAGAAAGAAACAGUGUGGUGGAAGACUACAGUUCCCUACUCAGCUUUCUUCAAGAUGCCAGCUGCUCCAUCUUUACACAGCUGGUGAAGGAGUUGGAAGAACUGGCUAAACAGCGCAUCUCUGUACCACCACCUCAAGUAACAGAGGGUUGGGAGGACGACGUGUGUGUUGUGGCUCUGGCUGUACCCUCAACCAUUGUGGUGGUGGUGGGUCGCAUCUGUCAGGCUCUACCCAACAUUUGUUCUCAGAUGCAGAUUUGUGCCUCAGCAUCAAAUCUUGCAAACCCAGAUAUUGCCCGGCGUGUCUCACUGGGGUCAAAAGUAGAAUCUGAAUCCUGGACAAAACUCCGUUCAGAACUCCAGGAGACCAGCUGCCGCCUGUUUGGCUUCUUCCUCAAAUCACUGACGUCCGGCCUUCACACCGAGUUAAAGACAUACUUGUUGACAGAAGUCUCAUCAGGAGUUGCAGCAUCAAUCAAAGCUUUUCCGACGUGGGACAUGGUGGACAUUGAAGAGGAAGGUGAGAGUGGUAAUGUGGUCAAGUCAAGCAUCCAUGUCCCAGCUCAUCCAACCCCAGUUCUCACACAAGCUCUUGCUCACCUUUGUGCUUCAGUUAACUGUGUGGCCACUCACACCAUUACCAGAACUGCCCAAACUGAGUUAACAUCAGGUGCUUGUGAAGCCGUAAUUUCUGCAUAUGAGGGUUCACUUUCUGAUACACAGCAGAUAAAUCAAACUUUAGCUCUUCAACUUAUCUUUGACCUGCGAUUUGUGCAGACAAUUCUUUUACCACGUGAUAAUAAGGAAGUGGGAGGUCGUUUGAUGGCCAUGAUUCAAAAACUAGAACGAAGAGUUGACCCAUUUGACCUUGAUGUGUUCUCACCACACGUGACCACCCGGGUCAAGCUGGCAGCACACAGAGCUCAGGUUGUACUGGGAGCUGUGCUGUCCCGGGAUCGUCAGGUUACGUCGGGUCGUCUUCCGGCAAUGUCAAUGACUGGUCCGUCAAGCAACAACGCCCUUCCAAUUGUCCUUCCUGUAGAAAUUCCUCGAUUUUCCAACGUACCUCUCCCCCUCACCACCUCGCGACCCUCUAUUCCAUCAUCCAUCUCUUCACCAACCUUAUCCUUGACCGAGAAGUUGGCUGAUGCUGCCUCAGCCAGGCAAGACUCCCUGAAGGCCCAGAGCAGUCCAUCUGCAGCACGGAGAGAGAUGUCCUCGGCAGCACUGUCAGCUUCCCGCAGUGCUGCCUCACUCUUCUCUGCCAUGAGUUCAUCUUGGUUUGGUUCAUCUUCAUCUUAAGCCAGUUGACCUUAAUGUUUCUAAACUUGAAGGUAUAUAUAUACAUUGAUUUAUAAUUUAUAAAUUGAGAAAUAUUAAUUCAUUUUUAACAGUAAUGUGUUCUUUACAAUCAGUAAACAUUAUAAAUUGUUUGUCUUAUAGUGUAUAUGUUUGAUAUUAAGUUUCAGAAAAGUCUCCCAGUUUAUUUCUUUGACUUUCUUGGGAAGGAUAAAAAUUUAUGUGGUUAAUCUGGAAUAAAAAAUAGAAUGUU